CAUUGGGGCUUUCCAGCUCUCACAGACCCUUCAGCAUCUCCAGCUGCCAGUCUUGGCAUCUUCGAAGUAAGGAGAGAUGCCUCUGGAUGCUCAAUGCUAGCACCUUUACAGACUGGAGCAGCUCGAUUUUCUUCAUAUUUACUUUCAAGAGCAAGAAAAGUGCUGGGCUCCCACUUAUUUUCUCCCUGUGGUGUUCCGGAGUUCUGUUCCAUAUCCACCAGAAAGCUGGCGGCCCACGGCUUUGGCGCGUCAAUGGCGGCAAUGGUGCCCUUUCCUCCCCAGAGGUAUCACUACUUUUUAGUGCUGGACUUUGAGGCCACGUGCGACAAGCCACAGAUUCAUCCUCAGGAAAUCAUUGAGUUCCCUAUCCUGAAGUUAAAUGGCCGCACCAUGGAAAUCGAGUCUACCUUUCACAUGUAUGUCCAGCCUGUAGUCCACCCACAGCUUACCCCCUUCUGUACAGAGCUCACUGGGAUCAUUCAAGCCAUGGUGGAUGGCCAGCCAAGGCUGCAGCAAGUGCUGGAGAGGGUCGAUGAGUGGAUGGCGAAGGAAGGCCUCUUAGAUCCAAACGUCAAGUCAAUUUUUGUCACCUGCGGAGACUGGGACUUGAAAGUCAUGCUCCCAGGCCAGUGCCAUUAUUUAGGCUUGCCAGUGGCGGAUUACUUCAAGCAGUGGAUUAAUCUGAAAAAGGCUUACAGCUUCGCCAUGGGCUGCUGGCCCAAGAAUGGACUCCUAGACAUGAACAAGGGUCUCAGCCUGCAGCACAUAGGCCGGCCCCACAGCGGCAUUGAUGACUGCAAGAACAUUGCCAACAUCAUGAAGACAUUAGCAUACCGAGGUUUCAUCUUCAAGCAGACAUCAAAGCCCUUUUGAUUGGCAGAGGAUGGGAUGGGGCAGGACAGGGUAGCUGCUUGGCCCAAACCAGAAUCCUCCUCUCCCUCACAAGAGGGAAAAAAGGAGAGUGGCACAGGUCUGCGCCCAGAGUGUCCCCAGUUGCCCUAUGGGCUUGUGCCCUGGUUGAGGGUUUGGCCAUUUGGCCCCUCUGGAGCAGACACUUUGUGCCCCACCCCCCCUCCCACUCCUCAGUCUCAGUCCAGUGCUAGCUCCUCCCAUUAUGGGCCUGGGCUAGGGGGAACCCAGGUACUCACUGCCUUCUCCCUGGUAUAUAGGCUUCUGCUGGGUUCACCAAGUCUCCCCUGUGCCCCCUCCCAUCCAUAGUGCAUGGUGUGUGGUGCCCCCAGGGCUCCAGGACAGAUCAGGCCCCACCUUGUAUCCACCCCAUCCCUGCUGUGAACGUGCCACUGAAUAAAGUCGGGGAAACAAAGUC